GGCUACGGGGGCGACAUUGGAGAGACGCUAAGCGAGGUGUGAUGCCCCAUAACUGCCCCCGAAAGCGGCGCCUGGAGGAGGCCGGACCCCCUGCCAGGAUCCCGUGGGCCAGAUCCCGGGAGGCAGUGACCUUCAGGGAUGUGGCCUUGGACUUCACCUGGGACCAGUGGGGAUGUCUGAGCACAGCCCAGAGGGAGCUCUACAGGGAGGUGAUGCUGGAGAACUACAGGAACCUGGUCUCUGUGGGGCUUCUUGGCCCCAAACCAAAACUGAUCUCCUGGCUGGAACAAGGGGAAGGGGCUGCGAUCUGGGAUCCCCUGGGAUGCAUUGGAAGUCGCCCCUGUCUGUGUGAAGGUGGGAGAUCCAGCCGGCGGCCGGGAGCCAGCGGGAGGAGCUGCUCUGCUCAUCACUCGUGUGCUUCCAUCUUUGAAGCCUUGGAUGGGGCAGGUUGGGAUUCUAAACUUGAGAACCGAGAAUCACCUCUAAAGCAAAAAGCAAGAACGCCAGAGACAUCAGGGGAAGGACUCGUUAAAGAUGUCCUCCAUGGCUCCGUAUUUAUAGGAGCUCCCACCCAAGAGAUUCCAUUAUGGAAGCAGAUGGGAAAUAUUUCAAGGAAUUUCCAUGAUUUCAAGAAAUUGGCUUUCUUCCAUAGUAAAAUCCCCAGUGUACAGACAGGCCACAGUUGUUUUGAUAAUGGAAAACAUUUCAGUCGGGACAUCUCUGGGCUUGAGAGCUCACGGAAUGGUAACGAAUUUGGGGAUCUCUCAGCCCUUAUUCAACAUCAGAGAGCAAAUAGGCAAAAGAAACCUUCUGACUGUGAGGAACUUGGGAAAGCUUUCGGUCCGGAUGUAUAUGUUACUCAACAUAGGAGAAUUCCUUCUGGACAGGAGCCUUACCAGAGGAAGGAGGGUGAGAAGAUCCAGGAAAGGUCCCACCCUACUCCAGAUCAGACAGUGCCCAAGGAAGAGAAACCUUAUAAAUGUAAGGAUUGUGAAAAGAUCUUCACCAGCCGUUCAUGCCUUAUUAAUCAUGAAAGAAUUCAUUCUGGAGACAAACUCUCUGAGUAUAAGGAAUGUCGGAAGGCCGUCAGGAAACGUUCACCCCUUGUUCAGCCUGAGAGAGUUCGAAGUGAAGAAAAACCUUACAAGUGUCAGGAGUGUGGGAAAGCCUUCCGACACAACUCAGUCCUUGUUCAACAUCAGAACAUUCACUCUGGAGAGAAACCUUAUCAGUGUAAAGAGUGUGGGAUUGCCUUCAGCCAGAAGUCAUACCUUACAAAACAUAAAAGUAUCCAUACUGGAGAGAAACCCCAUCAGUGCAAGGAGUGUGGGGCAGCCUUUAGGCAAAGGUCAUACCUUACUAAACACCAGAGAGUUCACACCGGAGAGAGACCUUAUCCGUGCAAGGAAUGUGGUUCAGCCUUUAGCCAAAAGUCAUACCUUACUAAGCACCAAAAAAUCCACACCGGAGAGAGACCUUAUCCCUGUAAGGAAUGUGGAUCAGCUUUCCGGCAGAAGUCCCAUCUCCGACAGCAUCAGCGAAUCCAUGCUGGAGAAAAACCUUACCCGUGCAAGGAGUGUGGGACAUCCUUCAGCCAGAAGUCCUACCUUACUAAACACCACAGAAUUCACACUGGAGAGAAGCCCUAUAAAUGUAAUGACUGUGGCUUAGCCUUCAGCCAGAGGUCCUAUCUUACAAAACACCAGAGAAUUCACACAGGAGAAAGACCUUAUCAGUGUAACGAAUGUGGAGGAGCAUUUAGGCAGAGGUCCCAUCUCAUCCAUCACCAGAGAAUUCACACUGGAGAGAAGCCUUAUCAGUGUAAGGAGUGUGGGAAGGCCUUCAGGCAGAAUUCGGUCCUUAUCCAGCACCAGAGCGUUCAUGCUGAGGAGAAACCUCACCGAUGUAAGGACUGUGGCAAGUCUUUCAAUUGCAAGUCGCACCUGACUCGACACGAGAAAAUCCACACGGGGGAGAAACCUUUCGAGUGCGCCAGGUGUGGGAAAGCCUUCAGCCGGAAUCUCACCCUCAUUGCCCAUCAGAACAUCCACACAGGGGAGAAGCCUUACAAAUGUCAGGAGUGCGGGAGGGCCUUCCGGCACCACUCGGGCCUUACUCAGCACCAGGGAGUUCACACUGAAGAGAAGUCCUACCGGUGUGAUGACUGCGGGACCAUCUUUAGCCAGAAGUCGUACCUUGCUAUUCACCAGAGAAUUCACACCGGGGAGAAGCCUUAUCAGUGUAAGGAGUGUGGGGCAGCCUUUAGGCAGAGGUCCCAUCUCAUCCAGCACCAGAGGAUUCACACUGGAGAGAAGCCUUAUAAAUGCAGGGAGUGCGGGAAGACCUUCAGGCAGAACUCUGUCUUUAUCCAGCACCGAAAAGUUCACACGGAAGAGAAGCCUUAUCAAUGCAAGGAAUGCGGGAAGGCCUUCAGGCAGAACUCUGUCCUUAUUCAACACCAGAGAAUUCACACUGAAGAAAAGCCUUAUCAGUGCAAGGAAUGUGGAAAGGUCUUCAGGCAGUACUCAGUCCUGGUUCAUCAUCAGAGAAUUCACACCGGAGAAAAACCUCACAUGUGUAUCAGGUGUGGGAAGGCCUUCAUUCGAAGAUCAGAGCUUCUUUCACAUCAACUAAUUCACACAGGGGAAAAACCAUAUAAAUGUAGGGAAUGUGGGAAAGCCUUCAGGCAGAACUCGGUCCUUCUUCAACAUAAAAGAAUUCACACGGGUGAAAAACCUUAUCACUGUAAAGAAUGUGGGGCAGCAUUUAGGAAGAGGUCCUACCUCAUCCAACAUCAGAGAAUUCAUACUGGAGAGAAACCGUAUAAAUGCAAGGAGUGUGAGAAGAUGUUCAGCAACUGUUCAUCCCUUUAUAACCAUGAAAAAAUUCAUAAAAGAGCAAAAUCUUACGAAUGUGAAUAAUAUGAAAGAGUAUUCAGAUAUAUUGCAGUUCUAUUCACCAUAAACAUUUCUUAAUGGAGACUCUGUGGAUGUACAGGAAAAUCCUUCAAGACCCAAAUCUUCCACAUCAGAGAAUUCACACUAAAGAAAACUAUGGAUGAAAUGAAGGUGUGAAGGCAGAGGAUUCUUCUUGUGCUAGGGAAAGUCUUCACUUUCUGAAGACAAGGAAUCAUUGAACACCACCUAGGAAUACAAUGAUUGGAAAAAGUCUCUGGUCAGAGGUUUGCCCUAUUUUACCAUCAGUGGACUGAUACUGGGUGAAAAUGUGAGUUGUUUAUGUCUAAACCCUGUUCUUCAUGACCUCAGAACACCAAGGAAUAUUGGAAAUAAAGGAAAAGAAAAAUAGGAGGGAAAAGGGAAGAAAUAGUCAUACCAAAAACCUGAAAUGCCAGCAAAGAGACUGAAGAACAAAUUUAAAAAGAGCAAAACAAUAACUCCAGAAGAAAUAAUUAAUCAGUAUUUAUUGACUGCCAGGCAUAGUGGAGAUACAAGGACAGAAUUAUCUGUCUCUGUCAUCAAGAUGAUGAUAUUCCAGCCAGGGGCAGUGUGGGAGGAAUGGGGGGAGAGACAGUAUAUACAUACAUCUGUUUGCAAACUAUAUAUAAAAUAACCCAAGAGUGAUGUGAGUAAGGCUGGGGCAAGCAGACCACCCAUGGUUAGGGAGAUCAGGAAAGGCUUCCUCGAGCAGGUGGACUCUGAUUCUUGCAUGAAACAGCAGAAGUGAGGUGGGAGGACAUUCCAGGAACAGGGCAUGGCCAAAGCAAAGGUUUAGAGAAAGGAAAGGGACAAGGCACAGUGUUUCAGGAACAACAGCGAGACCCAGAAAGUGAGAACAAAACUACCACAAGAGUCCUAGAAUGAUUAAGCUUAUCUUCAGAUUAAAGAAGGAAAUCUAUUUAAAAAGACUGGAGAAAACAAACUGAUUUGGCUGUUUGGAACAGAAGGUAGAAAAUCUUAAAGCAAUAGGUUUUUUCUGAAAAGAGAACGUGGAGAGUUUUCAGGGACAAUGAUUCAAUCAAUCAGCAAGCACUUAUAAAACCCUAUGUGCCAGGUACUUUUGGAGUUGUGGGAAAUACAAAUACAAAGAAUGAAACAAUUUCUGGUCAUUAGAAAAUGACAUCCUAGUAGAAGAAAUAAAUAUAUGUUGUGUGUGUGUGUGUGUGUGUGUGUGUGUGUGUGUAUAAAGUAAAUCACAAAUAUAUUUACAAUAGCUAAAUACAGGGCAGUUGGAUAAGGAAGAUAAAACAGAAAAUAGACCUUGAGGUGACUCUUAAAGGAAAGGAGGGACUCUAGGACAGUUGAGGAGGGCAUGUAUUCUAGAGAAGUGGGAUGGCCAUUGCAAAGGCAAAAUGAGUAGACAAUACAAUGUGUGAAGAACAGAGAAGAGGCAAUUUUGGCUAGAUUUAGGCAUUAAGAGGGGAGUAAUGUAGAAUGAAGCAAAAAGGAGUUCAUUUUAUAAAUCAUUUAAAAGUUAAACAGAAGAAUAUAUAUUUUAUAUAAGAGACAAUAGGAAGCCACUGGUGUUGCCUAAGUAGGGGAGCUCUGUGGCUUUAGGAAGAUGAUUUUGAUAGCAGACUGGAGUGUCUGGGAAGUCAGGGAAAUGGAAUAGCAGGUUCUUGUGCAAGCACCUGAACUAAGAUGGUAGCUCUGAUAGAAGACGAUCUGAGAGAGAUGGUAACUGUAGAAAUGGCAGGAAUUGCCUUCUGAUUGGAUCUCUGGGAUGAGGAUGAUGGCAGAGUUGAGAACCUAGGGUGAAAGCAGAGAGAAUUGGGGAGAAAGAGUGAGCUCUUUUGGGGGUAUCCAGUUUGAGCCUAGCAGACAAUUGAUGAUGUAGGACGCAAACAAACGUGGAGACAUAAGCAUCCUGCAUUUGUAUAUGUAGAAAUAUGUGUGUAUAUCUCUAUAAUAGCCCAGAUAUAUAUUUACAUAUAUAUGAGUGUAUACAUUUCUCUGUGCAUGUAUACAUCUGCAUAGAGAUGAUAAUUAAUCCCUUAGAAGCAGAUGAGGUAAUCGAAAGGGGAUAGAAGAAGAGGAAAGAACCUAACAAGAGACUGAGGGAAUUAGCAUCCACAGUUGGGACACGGGACACGGAUGAUGAGGCAGGGAAGGAUGUAGAGGGGUGGUCAGAUCAUCCCACUGGGAAGAGACCCAGGGGAGAGCAGUGUCAGAAAAAGCCCAAUUAGAGAAAGUCUCCAGGAGGAGAUGGUGGGCAACAGCGUCCCCCGUUGCAGGUCCAGGAAGGUGAAGUCCCCGGAAAGGAGGUGAGUGCCUUGUUAUUGGUCCCCGUGAUUCCUUUGUGGUGGUCUGCAAUUGUGCACGUGUGAGUGUGUGGCAGGAUGGUGCUUGUCCUUUUCUGCAUGAGCAACUUGCCUUGUUCUUCUCAGAGAACACUGGGGCCAUUCUCUGAACUCCUUUUACCCCCAGUUCUUAACUCAGACUCUUAAUGUCACCUGGUACCUUGGAUUUCCAUUGCAAAAUUGGCCCUUUUCUUUGCUGAAGACAAGCCUUGAUGUGUGUACUUGAGCCUCUCCAGCAGAUUGUCCCCCCAAAGCACCUUUUGCUCCCCAAUCUUUUUUCUCUCCCUCUCUCCUGGUUCCUUUCCCACUGCUUACAGACACAUCUAAGUCUGCUUUCUUAGAAACUUUCCCAAAGGCCCUCAACUUGUCCAAAAUGUCUCCUCUCUUCCUCACCUGAACUCCCAGGAAAGCUUGUCUGCCUGCAUUGCCUCGGCUUUGUCCAUACCUGUUCCCUCCUCAGCCUUGCGUAGCCCAGCUGCUGGCCGCCUCCUUGCAGACUCUGUUCUCUUGGACUGCGCAGGGAGCUCUUAAUUGCCGAAUCUCAAGGUGGUUUUCUGGCGCUCUUGUUCUUGACCUGUCUCCUUCAUUCCACAUGGCGGGGCCCCCUCCCCUUCUCCUUUUGGGGUUUUUAUGACUGGAGCGGCUUCCUGCCUGUCACUCUCAGUCUACUUUGCUUGUGGGCGACAGCGCUUUGUGGUUUGCCAUAUGCUUUUCCAUUAUCCCAUUUGGUGGCCAUCCACACCAGGUUCUUUGCGGGUCCCCCCUUGGCUCUAUCCCAGGCCCCUCUUUUCUCUUCACGACUGUCAGGUUCCAGAGGCUUCAUCAUUGUCCCUAUCCCAAACUCACCUGCACCUGUUUCCCACCCCCACUUCCUACAUCACCAACUGCCUGUUGGACGUUUUCACCUGGAUGUGCCAUGGACAGAAACCCUCCAUCUCCCCAGUCCUGUGACCAUCCCCUGCCCCCACUUCCCUGUGCACUCUGUGCACUGUGCACUGUGAUUCUCAACCCUCUCCCCCCGUCCAUGCUUGGACGAGCCCCUUGUCCCCCCCCAUGCAGCCACCCCCCUGAUGGGAGCCUCAUCUGCUACCUGGGCCAUUACAGUGGUCCCCUUGCAUUCCAUCUACCCCCAAUCCCAGCUGUGAACUCCUACAGCUCAGGACUAAGGUGCCAGUUUUAUUCUCAGUAACGCUCAGUAGCUCCCCGUUACUGCAGAGAUCAAAUUCGAACCCGGGUUGGCGUUCAGAGUUCAUUAGGACUUGGUCUCAGUGUAUUUUUCCACCUUAAUUACACUUUCCUCCCCUUUGGCAGCCCCUGGCCCAGCCCAGGAGGACUUGUUGCUGUUCUUCAUCCAUAACACUCUAUCUCCAUAUAGGUUUCCUGGAGCUGCACCUGUUCCAAGCCCCCCAUGUGUGAAACAUUUCCCUUGCUCCCAGCCACCUCUUAGAGUCCUUAGUUCUUCUCUGUGCACGCCCCCCUCCAGCGAGUCCUCACCCCCACUGCCUCACAUAGAUCAUUUGUAUUUACCUGUAUAGGGCUAUGAUUUGCCGCCUCCUGCUUCAAUCAGAUUGCCCCAUGGGCAGAGCACUGGGCUUAGGGUUAGGAAAAUUCGAGUUAAAUUCCAUCCCCGAGGCUUAAUAUCUGGGCAAAGUCACCCACCAUUUGCCUCAACUUCCUCAUUGUAAAAUAGGAAUAAUAACAGCACCUACUUUCCAGGGUUUGGGGGAGCAUCAAAUGAGAUGUUUCUAAAACAUUAGCGGUGUUUGGCACAUUAAUAAGUGCUCAAUAAAUGCUUGUUACCUUCUUGCCUCACCUUUGCCUUCACCUUCACCUUCUUCCCUCAAGUUCCUUAAUGGCAGGGAUUGUUUCACUUUUGUCCUUGAAUGCCCAGGGUCCCAGGCACAUAAUAAGUGCUUGUCGGUUGAUGUUUUGCUUUCUUUUGCCCAAAAUAAAGCUUAUCUUGUAUCACACAGAUAUGCUCAGGUAUACCCAUGUAUACACACACACAAGGAACAACCUCAUUUGAGCAAACUUAGUCAAAAGCCAUAUUGUGAUAGACAAAGGGGGGAGCCUGAGGAAACUGAGGCAGCCUGAGUCUGAAGUUCUCAUUGAAGGCCAGGGAAGGGAUGGAGGGAGAUAGGCAAUGAGAUCUUCUUGGUAGCCCCCAAGAGCUGGUCCAAUUUGUGUGAGCCCAGACUUUGGGGUGAGGACCUCAGACAGCGUGCUGGCAGGUAGGGCUCAUCCAAGAUCGUUUGGGGGGUAGCCAGGCUGUGCCUCAGGUCGAGGUCCCUGACCUAAGUUUGUAGUAUUGUCAGUUUGUUCAGGUGAGUGCAAUGGGGGGAGGACUACCUGGUAUGGAAGGAGAGGAGCCUGCUGCUUCCAACGAGCUCCUUCACAUGGUGGAGGGAUCUUGGGGAAGUCUUAAAAUAUGCCCGAUGGGAUUGAGCUGGAGCCAUGGGCCCAGAGGCACUUUUGUGUAUCUGCAAGGAUCGGUGCAUUUUAACUGGAAAGGACUGGGAAUGGGGCUAAAGGAGUCAAGAUUUUUUUUGGAGCUGGUUAUAUCGCUUUGCCGGGGAUCCCAUGGAUUGGAUCCUGGAUAUGGGGGAUAGUAACACUCAAUGUCAAUAUUGUAGAUCUGAGCUAGACCCGUGGGAUGGGACUAUAAAAGGAAGCCGAGAUAAAAAAGGAGAGAUCCAGAGCUAGACCAGAACUGAUUCUCUUGGUGGGGGGGACUGUGGGGACUGGACCUGCUGACCCCAAACUCUAGACAUGGCAGCCUUGGAAGGGGGCACUAGAUGCCUCCUGCAUUUGGGAUGGGCAGUCAUGCAGUAACUAGCUGUGGAGCUCUCUGAUACUGGGGUUCUUGUAAAUUUGGUUCCGUCUCUGAAGGAGCAGACAAUCCAUCACAACCUGCCAGAAAGCUGAGCACCCGGAGUCCUCACGUAAGUGCCCAGUUAUCUUCUCACGGGAGGCAAGCCUUAAGACACUUUCUUCAGCUGUAGCCAAGUUACUUAGAAAAAGAAUUCUCUCAGCACAUUCCGAGUUCACUUUGACUCUUAAAUUGACCUGUUUACCCGCCCAGCUUGUUGUUCUGGAGUUUAUUUUCCCAGCUCCCUGAGUGAAUUAUUGCUCGUCACUGCCUUGCCUCAAAUCCCUGAACUCAGAGCGUUUCCUGUUGCUCCAAAUUACAACCGUAUGUCCGCUGCUGCCUGGUCUUUCUGCCCCCACAAUUCCUAGAACCUGCUCUGCUCAAACUCCACAUGUGUGCGGGGGGCCCUUUAGGAGCUGGCAUCAGGGCGAGAAGGGAACCAAGACUCGAUAAGAACGUUAUGGUCCCAGCGCUGUCCAUCACAGCCCUGGCUGGUGCCUGAGGGAGCGCACCUGAGGCACCAGCACCGGCAAACCAAUGCUGGAUGAAUCUGCUUUUCAUACUGCUGUAAAGUAAAUGUUUUAUUACAUGAUCAAUGCUCUGUGAAUGUCUCAUUUUGUUCCAAACCCAAGUGGGUUUGGCCCAAGUGGGCCUGGACUCAGGAGCUUUCUUCCCAACGUCCCUAGUGCUGUUCAGACACAAUCAUCCUUCCAGUCCCUGUCACUCCCUAGGUCUGGCCCGUCCCGAUUCUUCACUUACACUCACUCUAUGUGACCAGUCCAGUCCAUUGCCAAAUCUUGUUUGUACCUUCCCAAGAUCACUCUCCUCUGAGAGCCCCCUCCUUGGGGGAGAUCCUCACCACUUUCCACCCGGACCAUUGUGACAUCAGCUGGUGGGUCUGUGCGGCUCAAGUCUCUCUGCUCCAGUCCACCCCCCAUUCAGCCACCAGAGGGAUUUGCUUGAGGCAAAGGUCUAACCAUGUAUUCAGUAGUCUCCAAGGGCUCCCUCUCAGCUCUAGAAUCCAACAUCAAUCCUUUCGCUGGCAUUUGGAGCUCUUUCCUUUUGGAACCCUCCCACCUUUCCAGUCAUCUUCACUUGGUACCCUCCCCCCCAGCUCUGGGUAGUCCCCCUCCCAUGCCUUUGCAUGAAUUGUCCCUCAAGCCUAGAAUGCUCUCUCUCCUCCCCUCUGCCUCUUCAUUUUCCUGGAUUUCUUUCAGUCUUGAAGGGCUUUGGCAAAUAAAUAUAUACUGAAAUCUAACCCGACUUGGCUUGUAGCAUUCGGUAUCCAUUGUCAAAAAGCAAGUUUCUAUGGAGUGAGGAGGGGAGAGGUCAUAUUUGGAAAUGAAAAUGAUGGAAAACAUCAAUGAAAAUUGUAAAACCAGAAAAAAAAAGAAUUUCUUCUUAACCUUUUACCACUUAAGCACUGGAAAGGCUAUAAUCUAUGAGGUCCUAGGUAUCAGACUUCUUUCAGUCCAUGGGCUUCUGAGGGAAAGAUAUUUUUAGCAUGCAACAGUUUCAUCUCUACUAAUUGCAUUGAUUUAUUUAUUUAAAAGCUUUUAAGUGUCUUUGAAAAUGAUAAAUUUCAAGAAGAAAAUAAAAUCCAUACAAUAUGUGAAAGUUCAUGACACACUUAAGACUUAAUUUAAAAAAAUAAUCCACAAAAAAAGAAAAACAAAUAAUCAGAGACAAAUAUAUCAUGGUUUUGACAUGAGUGAACUCUGUAAAAUUUGUGUAAAAUAAUCACUGAAAAUGACCUGAGUAAACUCUAUAAAAAUUGUGUAAAAUCACAAAAACCAUGUCCCAUUUGAUCUGCAAAAACCGAGACUCCAAAUCGGCUCACAUCCUCUUAUAUCCUCUCAAUACCAUUCAAGGGUAAAUCAAGCUCCUAUUGAUCUUUUAGGAAGUCACAUCCUAAAAAAUCCCUUCACAUUCAAUUGAGAAAUCCUGGUCAGAUUAUCAAACCUCCCCCAGACUUACCAUAAAAUCGGUUUUUUGCCCAUCAUUCUUUGCAGAUUUUCUCCACUGAGAGAAAAGCCUGCUAAGGGAAACACCUCUUAGUGUAAAAUAAACUUCUGACUUUUGCCACAGAAUUUGGGGUUCAUGAACCUGAGUCUUCAAGCAGAAGGGAUCUCAUUCAUUCAUUCAUACACCUCAUCAGUUUGACUGCCAAUAUAAUAAAAAUCAUACACAGAAAGACAGUAAUAGUUAAGGGGGCACUGUAGAAAAUAGAGAAAGACACAACUAAACCCCCCCCCAAAGUCCAGCACCUCAGGGAAAAUUUAAAACUAGGAAUGAAGGAGGCCAGGCAUUUACCAGAUUGCUAUAAAUUACCAAGAAUGCUAUUUGGUACUUGUUAAAAACAGACCAGUGGACUAUGCAAGAUAAGCAAACCAGCAUCAGAAGCAAAGGAAUCCAAGCCAUGUUUUAAAAUGAACCCAAGAACUCAGACUAUAGAGGAAGAGGAGGAGGACUUACAAUUGGACAACUGCUGGGAAAACUAGAAAUUCUGGUGGAAAAUCUGUUCAGAUCAGCAUCUUAUAUAAUAAAUUUUCAAUGGAUGUGACCGAUAGAAAUCCUUUGUAUUAAAAUAAUUGUAGGAAAACCUAAGGAAAUGUCUUUCAUUCUAGGUGAUUUCAUGACCAAACAAGGGAUAGGAGUCAUCAGACAAAAUUUACAAUUUUAUUUAAUAUUAUUACACUAAUAAAUAUUAUUCAAUAUGUAUUUGUCUGUAGGUUUUGUAAGGCCAAAGAAACGGAGCAAGAUAGAGAUUAGAGAAUAUUUAAUAAUUUAUUAAAU